CUCUCUCUCUCUCUCUCUCUCUCUCUCUCUCUCUCUCUCGCUCCCUCGCUCUCGCUCUCCGUUUGCAUAAAAAUACGCGUGUGUGCUCGCGCGCGCGUGCAUUUGUGUGUAUGUGUGCGUGUGUGCUGGCGGCGGGGGGUGAGGAGGGGAGGGAAGGGGUGUCUGUGUUCUCAGCUGUACAUCUGUAGUCAUGGCAACCAGAUCCUGUUAAUGGAUGUCAUUUUUUCCAUCCUCAGCUUCCCUCUCUGCCUCUGCUUUUAUGUGUGUGCGUUGCAUUUAUAUGUAUUCCAUAUAAAUCUCUGAUGCCUGUUGUCUAUUACCAGUGAGAUUUACUUUUUUCGUCAGAUUGUAAAUGGUGCAUUUCCACGUCUUCUCUCAUGCCUCAUGUCUUAAAUAGUCAUCUCACAGAUCUGGUUUUAACAGUGGUAUCAUAUAAAUGUUAUGUGUGGUUUGAUGGAUUAAUUCACGUUGCUUUCUAGUAUUAAGAGUUGAUUCUAAUCAGGAGUAUGAAUGGGAUUAAACUGCUGAGCUUCUGUGUUUUGAUGAACUUUGACUCUUUGUGUGAUGCUGACAAGCAUUGAUGCAAAGGACUGUCAGAUCCUGUAUCAACCCUUGUUUAGUUCUUGGGUUAUUGAGGAUGUUUAGUAAUCUGCAGAAUGAUUAUUAUCCAGUUUGGGAAUAUUGUUUGCACUGUGUGGUGUGUUUUAGGCCCGAUCCUCUGACUUACCAGCGGUCUGUCUUCCCUUUUCCCACUAUCUCCAUCAUGACAGUUGUUUCUCUGUGCCAGCUUUGUGUCUUUUACUUCCUGCUUCCUGUCUUCCUCUGUCUAGGUCAUCAGGUAGAUCCAGGAGCAUGAGCAGGACUUUGAGCUGCGGGAGCAGAUGUCUGGGUAUAAGCGCAUGCGGCGGCAGCACCAGAAGCAGCUGAUCGCCCUGGAGAACAGGCUAAAGGCCGAGAUGGAUGAGCAUAGGCUCCGGCUGCAGAAGGAAUUAGAGACACAAGCGAACAACACUUACAUUGAGCUGGAAAGACUGGCCAAACGCCACGCUGCUCAAACAGACAAAGAGAUGAAGUCAGUUGCAGCAGAAGAGAGGAGGAUCCAGCAACAGAUUGUUGCUCAGCAAAAGAAAGAGCUGACUACUUUCUUAGAGAAUCAGAAAAAAGAGUACAGGAUUUGCAAAGACAAGAUCAAAGAAGAGAUGAGCGAAGACCCUUGCACACCCAAGGAGGAGAAGCAGGAGCGUCUGUCCAGGCACAAAGAAACAAUACAGCGCUCUCAGGCUGAGGAAGAAGCUCAUCUGCUGGCCCAGCAGAGGCUGGUCUACGACCGGAGCUGCAGGGCCCUCAAACGCCGGAGUCUGGUCAGGAAGCACGAGUUUGAACAGGAGCAACUGAGAGAGGAGCUGAACAAGAAGAGGACCCAGAAGGAGAUGGAGCAUGCCCUGAUGAUCCGGCAGGACGAGUCCACCCAGGACAUGGAGCGCAGGCAGCUGCAGAUGCUGCAGAAGCUACGUAUUGAACUCAUGCGGCUGCAGCACCAGACAGAGCUGGAAAACCAGGAGGAGUACAACGGCCGGCGGCAGAGAGAACUACACAGGAAACACACUCUGGAGCAGCGGCAGCAGCCCAGAAACCUCAAGGCGCUGGAGAUGCAGAUCAAGAAACAGUUCCAGGACACUUGCAAGGUGCAGAACAAGCAGUACAAAGCACUUAGGAACCAUCAGCUGGAGGUCUCUCCCAAAGGCGACCAUAAGAACAUCCUGAAGAGCCUUAAAGAGGAGCAGACGCGCAAGCUGGCCAUACUGGCUGAGCAGUAUGAGCAGAGCAUCAACGAGAUGAUGGCUUCACAAGCGAUGCGAUUAGACGCAGAGCAGGAAACAGAGUGCCAAGCUCUGAAGCAGCAGCUGAAGCAAGAGAUGGAGCUCCUGGAUGCCUACCAGAGAAAAACCAAGUCACAGAUGGAGACCCAACAUGAGCGAGAGCAGCAUAAACUUGAGCAGAAGGUCUCCAUACGCAGAGCGCACCUUGAACAGAAGAUUGAAGAGGAACUGGCUGCACUUCAGAAGGAGCGCACCGAAAAGAUCAAGCACUUGUUGGAACGUCAGGACAGAGAAAUUAACACUUUUGACACAGAAAGUAGAAGCCUCGGCUUUGGAAGCCUGGGAUCUCUGGACUUCCCCAAAGAAGACAACAGAUGAAAGUGGAUUUAUCUUUAGAGGACAACAUAUCCGUGCCCUUUUUUUCGCGUCCACUUGACGGUUUGUCACGUCCACGGUGACAGAGCUGGAUAACUUUCUCUAUUGCUUUUCUUCUCUCUUAGAUAUUGCAUCUUUGAAUGGAGGUGUUACGUGCAAUGAGAACUUCUUUUGUGAAACUUGAAGGGGGAAAAGUAAAACAAAAGAAUCUACAACAACAUGUCAAUAAAACUCAAACCUAGUCAGUGUAACUCAAAACUUAUGUGUUAAAAAUAACAGACUCUUUCCUCCAUGCCAUUUCCUCCUUUUGGUAUGAAUUGAAUAAAUCAGGAAAUUUUAGUAAAAUUGGCACUUUGAUAUGUUUAAGUAGAAACCCAUCAUGUUCGUAUGAUGCUUAAUGUGUGUGUUACAUGGAGGGACAUUGUGGAAUGUGAGCUGCGGACUCCCCCGUGGUGUUAAGCUGCUUUGUCUUUUUUUAAUUGAUUUUUAUUGAUUUUGUUUUAUUUGAUUUCAUGCUCUGAAUGUGAAUAUUACUGUAUGGGGUCACUGGAUAAAGUCAGAGUUUAUUCAUUUAAUUUUUUAUUUUUUUAUUUUGGUCAUACUUCCAUAUUGUGCUUAUGCAUACAGUAUACUGUGGUCCCUCACUUUUCUAGGCAACAGUUCUUACCUUUUCUUUUAUUUGAUAUGUAGGAUCAAUUGGCAUUCGCUUGAUCAACCCGUUUAUCUUAUCACAACUCAAGAUCCCACUUGGUAAAACUGCUUAUUAUUGCAUGCACUUUAAGGACAAAUUCAGGUUGUGAAGUGAAGCAUGAAUCUGUCAGAGAUUUUAGCUGUUUGUAAAUAAAAGCAUUUUUUUUUCAUUUUUAGCCUAUGGAUACUGAACAUAAGCGCCAUAUUUGAUAUGAUAUUUUCACAAAUGCCUUUAUUUAAGUUGUGCCUGAAGCAGAUUUUAGUUCCGUGUUUGUUACAUCUAUAUUUUAUUUACUGAGGUCGGCACCAUUUUGUUUUUGGUUUCAUCUAAACUUGUGAAUCAUUUUAAUGUUCACUAAUCAGAGUUCUUGUAAAGGAAAAUGGUGAGAAUUGUGCUGUAUAACUUUUGAUAUGAAUAUUUGUACAUGAGAAUAUAGCUAGAACAUACAGAGACACUGGUCUAUUACUGAUAACAGAGCUUAACGAUAAAGAUUUUUGCUUCGUUUUCGUUUUAUAAUAUAGAGAUAUGGUCAUACAAUAGCUCAAUAUAUUGCUAAGUCAAAUCACUAGACUCUCAGAUUGUAUAAAUGCUGGUGGAUGGAACCACAGACUUCUUAUAUAAUAUCAAUAUGAGGAUCUUUUAUGGAUCGACGCUUCUACAAAAGCAAACACAACAUGUGGGUCCAGAUUGCAUUUGAGUAAUUAGUGUCUAAUGAUCAGAUUUACAUAUUUUUUGCCAUGUUCAUUAUGGUCAUUGAACAGGUUGCACAAUGUUUCCAUUUAUACUGAAUGGAAAGAUAAUUGUUUGGUGCUUAAUUUCUAAUACCACCUUUAGCCUUGUAGUUUUUUGUCUUGGAGAGACGAUUGAUUUUUACAAAAUGUAAACGUGAAGCAUUUUGAAACCCCCUCUGAGUC